AUGGUUUCACGUUUGAUAAAUAUUAAUUCGAGACUGAAAGAGAUUGACUUCAAAGCUGAUAAAAAUGGCUUGAGAAAUACUGUUUUUUCAGUUAAUGGUGAUAAAUACACAGGUGAAUGGAAAGACAACAAGCGUCAUGGUUUUGGUGUAUACGAAUGGAGAAAAUCAAGCCUUGUUUAUGAAGGUAAUUGGGAGAAAAAUAUGCGAAGUGGAUCUGGCGUUUUGAGCCGGAAAUUGAAGAACGGAAAACAUGUAAAUGUUUAUUCAGGUUCCUGGAAAUACGACAAACGGCACGGUUAUGGAAACAACUGGUAUUCGGAAAAUAAAAUGUACGAAGGUGAAUGGUAUGAUGGAAAGCGUUCUGGAUGGGGAAGAAUGUACUACCCUGAUGGAAGCAUUUAUGAAGGACAGUGGUUUGAUGAUAAACGGCAUGGAGAUGGGAUGCUUAGAUUGGCAAAUGAAAAUAGAUUUGAAGGACAGUGGUUAAAUGACAAAAAGAACGGAGUGGGGAAAUAUUUCUUCCUUAAUACUGGCCAACUAAUGGAGGGAAUAUGGUGCGAUGAUGUACCAAAAUCUUCUCAAAUUGUGGACCUCGGAAGGCAAGUAGCGAAAAGUCCAACGGAGUCAGAAAUACCAGAGAUAAAAUUAAAAGACCCUGAUGGUAUCCUCAAAAAAAUACAGGAAGAACUGAUGGAAAUAAUACGUACCAACAACCCUGAGAAUUCCUGA